CCAAACAAGUACACACAGACAAACACACACACACUCUCUCUCUCUCUCUCUCUCUCAGAGACACAAAAACAAACACAAGCACAUACACACGGUCUCUAAUUUCUUGACCGUUCAUCCACACGAAAACCUUGUCCUCUGACUACCAGAGAGAGAGAGAGAGAGCCCACAAACUUAAAAGCCCUUUAGAAUUGUUGGUGUAUUGUAUCUCAGCCGCUAACUCUCUUGUUGUGCCAACUUUAUCAGAUAUUUAUUUAUAGUAAUUCUUCUUCUUCUUAUCAUGGGCAAGAGGAAGCGAAUCCCUGAUCACGCCAAUACUCAACCUCCUUCCGAUACCAUGCCGUGCUCCUCAGGGAUGGAACUAAUGUCAGAAGAGACACCUUUGCAUGCAGUUGACUCUAGUGCACUAAACCCACUAUCAUCUGUUUUGGAUCUAACGGAUAGUUCUAUGAAGCUACUGAAUGCCCAUCCUACUGCUGCACAUCACCAGAAUCUUGGCCGUUCAAUAUUUUUGAAACGUUCUCGUCACCACUACAGCCAUCAGUACUCUCGGCGUAACUCAGCCAAUCAUGCCAAUCCAUCAACUUCUCGUGGCAAAGUUGCUUCUUUACGUGAUGAGAGACUAUCCUUCAAGUUGGCUACUCAAUGCAACUCACAGAUUGGACAUCAUUCAGAGUUCAGGGAAAAUAUGUUUUGCAGGCCAGAAAGAAUUAGGUCCGGUUCCAUGGUAAUGGAUGCAAUAUCAUCAGAUGUAGUGAAGAUGGAGUGUGGGACAUGCCAGAAGCAAUUGAGACGGAAACCUUAUUUUCUUGGGAGUACACUGUCUUCUGGUGAACUCUCUGUUGUGGCAGUUUUAGUGUGUGGUCAUGUUUAUCAUGCAGAAUGCUUGGAGCAAAGAACAUGUCUUGAAGAUAAACGUGACCCUCCCUGCCCUAUGUGUCUGAACUUGAUCUCCAACGAUGAUGAAACGAGAGGACAGAAGUAAUUGUAGAGUAUUUUUCAACUUCGCACUAAUGAUACAUAUUAUCUAGAAGAGACGGGGCGGACUUAGAUCAGUAGACAGAAAGCUUAGAUGGGAAUGCAGGCAGCAGUUGUAUGAACAACAGGCUGUUUGACAGGCAGGAAUCUGGCCUUACAUUCUAUUGCAACUAUGAUAAUCUAUAAGUGUUGAAGUGCUAUUGUAUUUCAUUAACUAGUAGCCAUUUGCAAGUUUUUCAAUAGGCAAAUCAUAGUAACCAGCUUAUGUUGUUUUUCUUGAAUGAUAAAGAUGCUGGUUCAUGUAAUAUGUUUUCGGCACCAUAAGUAAUAAUAGUUCUCAAAAAAUCUGUAUUGUAUUACCCUUUUUUUUUGGGGUUAAAUAAUAUUUGCAGCUUGCUAUACUA